UCAUGGCGGACGGCGAUGGCAAGCCAGCUGGAACAGAACAACCAGGUGGCAGCAAGAAAAGAAACUACAGGAAAGACAAGCCCUGGGAUCACGAGGGAAUUGACCAUUGGAAAAUCGAGCCAUUCUCAAAUGAAGACAAUCCUCAUGGCAUGAUAGAGGAGAGUUCGUUUGCAACUUUGUUUCCAAAAUAUAGAGAAAAAUACUUGCGGGAAUUCUGGCCUUUGGUGGAAAAGAAGUUGAAAGAAUCUGGGUUAAAGUGUCAGCUUGAUGUUAUUGAAGGAAGCAUGACAGUAAGUACAACACGGAAGACGUGGGAUCCUUAUAUCAUCAUCAAGGCCAGAGAUAUGAUCAAACUUAUGGCAAGAAGUGUUCCAUUUGAGCAGGCUCAGCGUGUUUUAGAAGAUGAUGUUGCAUGUGACAUUAUAAAGAUAGGAUCCUUAGUUCGUAACAGAGAAAGGUUUGUAAAGAGAAGACAGAGGCUUCUUGGUCCAAAUGGGGCAACACUAAAGGCUCUUGAAUUACUCACACAAUGUUAUAUCAUGGUACAAGGCAAUACUGUGGCAUCCCUUGGUCCAUACAAAGGACUUAAACAGGUGCGUAAAGUGGUGGAAGAUACAAUGAAAAACAUUCAUCCGAUUUAUAACAUCAAGACACUGAUGAUCAAAAGAGAGCUAGCUAAAGAUCCAGAGUUAAAAAAUGAAUCUUGGGACAGAUUUUUACCCAAGUUUAGACAGACCACCACAAAGAAGGUGAAGAAAGCCAAGUUCAAGAAGAAGGAAUAUACUCCAUUCCCUCCACCUCAAACAGAGAGCAAGAUUGAUAAACAGUUAGCCAGCGGUGAAUACUUUCUACAAGAAAAAGAAAGGAGACUGAAAGCUCAACAGGAAAAGAAGAACCGUCAAGUGGCUGCAGAAGGAAAGCGAAAAGCUCAACGGGAGCAGGCAUUCAUUCCACCUGUGGAGGAAAAACCUAAACAAGAAAACAAGAAGAAAGCAAAUGACAGCAAAGUGGAUGUGGAAGCCUUCAAAAAGAAAAUAAAAAAUUCACAGAAAAGAAAAGUUGCUGAAACAAGCAAAACAGUAGCUCCCACGAAAAGUAAAAAGGUCAAAAGAUAAGAAUGUAAAUAGUGUAUUAUCGGAAAUCAAUUUAUGGAAAUAGACAUGCUUUUUGGCCCCCCCUCUUCCCCCCCCCCCCAUAAAAUGCUGUUGCUGUAGUCUACUAUGGUGUCAGAGGAGUUUUCCACAGAGGGAUUUUGCAGUCAAGGUCAUCACCUUAAUAUUUGAGAAGAUAGCAACAAAUGACAAAUUCCAUGGUGCUCAUCUAAGACAAUUGUGUAGUGAGGAUCAAAGACAAUGUUCUAUUUGUUCAGUUUUCUUAAAUUUAAUACACUUUCUCUUUACUGUUAUUUUAUUUGAUGUGCAACCUUCCACUUCAGUUCCAUUUUCAUUGCCAGCUUUGUUACUUUUUUUAAAAGUGUUCAAUGCCAUCAAGAUGAAUGAUCGUCAAUUGAUAUCAAUAGCAGUACAGUAAGAAAGGAUGGAUUUAACACUGUUUUAUGUAGUGUUUAUUGAGAACCUUUUAUAUUCAAAGUGAGUACUUCUUUUAAUAUGUAAUUUACUUGAAC